AUGUUACAAUCGCAUUCACCUAAUGGCAAGAACAGUGUUACAAUCGACCAUUCACCUAAUGGCAAGAACAGUGUUACAAUCGACCAUUCACCUAAUGGCAAGAACAGUGUUACAAUCGACCAUUCACCUAAUGGCAAGAACAGUGUUACAAUCGACCAUUCACCUAAUGGCAAGAACAGUGUUACAAUCGACCAUUCACCUAAUGGCAAGAACAGUGUUAUCGACCAUUCACCUCAUGGUAGCAACAGUGUUACAAUCGACCAUUCACCUAAUGGCAAGAACAGUGUUACAAUCGACCAUUCACCUAAUGGCAAGAACAGUGUUACAAUCGACCAUUCACCUCAUGGUAAGAACAGUGUUACAAUCGACCAUUCACCUCAUGGUAAGAACAGUGUUACAAUCGACCAUUCACCUAAUGGCAAGAACAGUGUUACAAUCGACCAUUCACCUAAUGGCAAGAACAGUGUUACAAUCGACCAUUCACCUCAUGGUAAGAACAGUGUUACAAUCGACCAUUCACCUCAUGGCAAGAACAGUGUUACAAUCGACCAUUCACCUAAUGGCAAGAACAGUGUUACAAUCGACCAUUCACCUAAUGGCAAGAACAGUGUUACAAUCGACCAUUCACCUAAUGGCAAGAACAGUGUUACAAUCGACCAUUCACCUAAUGGCAAGAACAGUGUUACAAUCGACCAUUCACCUAAUGGCAAGAACAGUGUAGCAUCACACACAGUCAGCUGUUUCAUCCACUCACCCACUGUGUUUUCCACACAAGUGGAAGUCGGACAAGUGGUAGUCGGACAAUUGAAAGUGGGACAAGUGGAAGUGGGACAAGUGGAAGUGGGACAAGUGGUAGUCGGCCAAGUGGAAGUCGGACAAGUGGAAGUCGGACAAGUGGUAGUGGGACAAGUGGUAGUGGGACAAGUGGAAGUGGGACAAGUGGAAGUGGGACAAGUGGUAGUGGGACAAGUGGAAGUGGUGGACAAGUGGAAGUGGGACAAGAAGGUAGUGAGACAAGUGGAAGUGGGACAAGUGGAAGUGGUGGGACAAGUGGAAGUCGGACAAGUGGUAGUGGGACAAGUGGAAGUGGGACAAGUGGAAGUCGGGACCAAGUGGACAAGUGGAAGUCGGACAAGUGGAAGUGGGACAAGUGGUAGUGGGACAAGUGGUAGUGGGACAAGUGGUAGUGGGACAAGUGGAAGUGGGACAAGUGGUAGUGGGACAAGUGGAAGUGGGACAAGUGGAAGUGGGACAAGUGGUAGUGAGACAAGUGGAAGUCGGACAAGUGGAAGUGAGACAAGUGGUAGUGGGACAAGUGGUAGUGGUAGUGGGACAAGUGGAAGUGGGACAAGUGGAAGUGGGACAAGUGGUAGUGGGACAAGUGGAAGUGGGACAAGUGGUAGUGGACAAGUGGAAGUGGGACAAGUGGAAGUCAGACAAGUGGUAGUCUCGACCACGGACUUUGUGUACCUCUCGGAUUCAAAAUCAUCAAAAGUAAAUCUUUGCUGA